AUGGAUACAAAGGCGAAUCGCAAGUCUAGAGCGCCAUGGCAGCACCAGCGGGCACGUGGAGUAUCCAACCCGUACGCUGAUGCUACAUCCAUUGUGGAAACACAAGAUCCAAAUUCCAACACACUUCAAGUUCCCAAGACAGCAGCUUCCAAAAGUAGAAGACAGACAAGGCGGCUCUCGAUCCACGCGUCGGCCAUGGCGCCGCAGAACAUGUUUGAUGCCGGCAAUCUACCUCCGUUGCCAGGAGCUCCGGGGAUGUAUAGAACAGCCACCAACAAUUCAGACAUGGUGUCAGUUCGGUCACAAUUGAGAGAGAAAAAAGAGGAGGAUAUUGUUGAUAUCAUCAAGACAGAGCUCCGCGAUAAGGAUGCGACAGCCAUCGACGAUUUCUACAAGUCAUUGGUGGGGCAGAAGCAGACUUUGGAUAGAGACAUUAAGGACAAAAUCAACCAGAACCAGCGAAACAUCUUGCAGUUGACAGACAACUUGCAGAUAACACAGGAGGAAUUGAUGCUGUUGCGAGUGCAGACCAAGGAGUUAUACGGAAUUUUGGCGGAGUUCACAGAUGCAGCUGAACGUAGAAUCGAACUUGAGGAAAAAGAAGCAAAGAAUGUGGUGGGAGCUUCGGGAGCUACAUCCUCUGGGUCAUCCCUCCAACUUCGUCUGCCUAAAAAGAAGCGUGAUCGUCUGUCGGUGAUGGUGCUUCAAAAAAUGUGGGUGCUGGAGCUCCAGCUGUUGUAUAAACAUGUUGAUGGAGCUCAGAAGUUCGUCCAACCUAUUCCUGGAAGACAUAUUGUGGGAGAGAGUGGGAGGUGGCACGAGAUCAACAUCGGAACGUGGAAACCCACCAAGCCCAUCCAUCUCUUCCUCUUGAAUGACGCUGUGCUCGUGGCCACGCGAAAACUGGCUCAGGACGGAAACUCCAAAAGACUUCAAGCCGUUUACUGUUGGCCACUUCUGCAGGUGAAUAUCUCUGAGAUCCAGCCGCCAGCACAAGCAAACAAGGGACGCGAUGACAAGAUGUACGUGAUCAACGUGCGGUUCAAUUCGAUGUCCUACGUUUACCAAACUGACCGUUACGACCAUUUCAUGAGAGUCAUGAACGCAUACACGAAAGGAAAAACGGAGAUUAUGCAAAAGGAGCGCUUAAUCGAAGAGGAAACGUCGAAACCGUCAUCGCACGAGAUGGGCCACCACAGAAACGCCAGUGCUGGUAGCUUGGCGGAUGAGUACACCGACAAAAGGCAAUUGCGCGAUUCGCUCAGAAAUUCAGGUCUUAUGGGCCUGCCACUGCCUUCGACAGAGGAUGUCACCCGAAGACCCAAUUCACAGAGGCAAAGUGCAGAUAUACUUCUCAAGGACAUUUCUGCUAGGGUGCAUCAAAGAAAUAGAUCCCAUGACUUUGCAAAGAUAGAGCGCUCCGGAAGCAGGUCUGAUAACCUCCCAGCAAGACUGUUUUCUGACUUGAAGACUUGCGAGGACAAGCUUGACGAAGUUGAUGUGCAUUUAGCCCACAAUGAGUACAUGAGUGCUGUGGGGCUCCUUAAUCACAUCGACACUAAAGUUGCCGAGGUUGGGGAGAGGAUUUCGCUUACGAAAGGCGAUAACAAUGCCAAGGAUGAGCUAAGGCUUCUUGUGGACGUGGUGAAGAUCAAAAUUAAUGCCAGAAGGGUCAAAGUCAAACAGGGUCUUCAAUUUGUAAUGCACCAUAGUAUAGCAGGCUUACUGGCUCAGAAUAUUGGCGAAAUAAUCGAGUAUUACUUGAGCUUUGGCAAGUUAGACGAAGGAAUCAUGGUCUUUCUCGAUGCGAUGUCUAAUCAUCUCUCUCAAACUGUGGGAAAAUUCAUUUCCAAUGACCAUGGGUCCACCAGAGUCGAUAUUGUCAAUUACCUCGCCAACUUAACCAUUGUGUACGUACUGAUUGUGAAAAGAGCAGUGACCAUUCACAAAACUUGCAUUGAGCCUAUCAUGAAGAGAGACAGUGGUUCCACUGACUCAAGUGGGUUCGUUACGUGGUCUGUGAGCCAGAUCUCUCAGCUAGUAGAGUCCAUCGAAAGACAUGCUUCAGGAACACUAUUAGUUAAGAACUCAAACGAGUGGCAAGUCAAGGAUCCAAAAUACUACAAGGAGCUUGUGAGUGUAAUUGAACCUCAGCUCGCUCAAUUAAAGAGGGAAGGUCUCAAUGUGGACUAUCUAUUUGAUGAUAUCCUUCAUUGUCGUCCAAUCGCAGCAUUUGCGCAGAAGGACAAAUAA